AUGAAGGCCGCUGUCCUGCUGCUGGCCCUGCUGUGCCAGGAAGGAGCCCAGGCCCUGCAGUGCCACAUAUGCCAGAAAACCUCCGCAACCUACGGCGACAGCUGCUACGGUGCAGCGCAGUGCCCCGGGGGGGCCCAGGCCUGCACCUCCGUGAAGGAGUAUGGCCGAACAGCUACUAAACAGUACUCCUUCGUCACCAAGAACUGCAUCAAUAACUGCUCGGGGGGGCUUCAGCCCCACGUGAAAACCGUGGCCACAGGCUUCAGCUUUCAGCUAGACGUCCACUGCUGCACCACCGACCUGUGCAACGGGGCGGGGCGCCUGGGCCCCGGGGCCGCCUCUGUGGGCCUGCUGCUGCUGCCCAGUGUCCUGCUCGUCCUCCUCGGGGCCUUCCUGUGA